AUGCCGACGAUAGCUACCUUUGAUGUCCGCUAUGACAAUGAGCUGGCUCAUGUUUACUAUGGGGAAGGCAGCAAGCUCUCGGAUAAGCUGCGUGAGAUCUACCAAGACAAACAUCUGGAAAUUCCCAAUGAAUUUGAUUCCACGUUGACCAGUCCCCCCAUCCACUUCAUGACGUACUGCCUGGUUAGCGCCCGUCGGGGCUCGGGCCGAUGUCCUCGACCAUUGCUUCCUUUCUUCCCCCGCCUUUCUCCAUUCUUCCUCUUCCCAACUCUCUCCAUGUCCACAACUCCGUCGUCGUCACCGGACUUGCGUCCGGUGGCCAAACGACGCAAAAUUCGAAAGGGCACCUUCUCCUGCUGGGAAUGCAAACAUCGGAAGAGACGCUGCGAGUUGGAGGCGGCCGGCGCCGCCUGUGCCUACUGCCAGGCCCGUGACAUCCAUUGUGUCGGCCAGGACCAUCCAGAUCCGAGAAGUAGUCGCAAUGAGGAUGAGCGUGUGCAGACGCGCAUUCUUCACGUCGAGAAGUUGGUGGGCCAGUUGAUCCAGCAGCGCGACCGCCGCCGACCCAGCUCGCUUGUGUCCUUACUUCCGCAUCCUAGCACAGCCAUGCGGAUCUUGACCAAAGGACGUUUCUUCAGUCUGCCUUUUCAAUCGCUUCAGUGCUUAAGCACCACUAGUGCGGAUCAGUCGGACGCAUCCACGCUACCAUUGUCGACAGCCCAUCCGAUCCAGUUUGCCCAAAAGCUCAUCCAGCUCGCCCUUGGCUUACAACAACUGGGACUUACCCCAUCCCCUCAGCCAGAGCUCCAGCUGAAUAAGCCUACAGAGAGCACGGCGCGACGCUAUCUCGAUCUUGCGACUUGCCACGUAACAUCCCACGAUGCGCUCGUAGGCUCGCUUGAUGGUCUGGAUACCCUGUUACUCCAAGCCCGCUAUCACAUCAACUCAGGGGAUUUGGGCACGGCAUGGCUGACCUUCCGCCGUGCUCUAAGUAUCGCCCAGCUGAUCGGACUUCCUUGGGGAGAUCCAAAAACGAGCAGCCGGGCCGAAUCCAUCUGGGUCCAGCUCGUCUACAACGAUCGCUUCCUGUCGCUCAUGCUCGGCCUUGGCUUUGCUGUGAAGGAUCAUGCUUUCCCGAGUGACCGGGGAUUGGAUGCAUACUCACCUCUCAGGAAGCUAUAUCGCAUCCAUGGGGUCAUCGCAGGGCAUAUUAUCUCUCGGAAUGUCCGCAUGCAGCGUCGCGGUCGGUUAUCCCAAGGAGACACAUACGAUGACUAUGGAGCAGCCCGAUCAGUACCUGUCGACUGUUGGGAAACCCCAACUCUAGACAGCACGUUAUCUGACACGGACAAAAUGGACCGGGUUUCCAUGCUCAUCACCCAAAUGCACCAGCACUACCUCUUGAUCCUCCUGCACCAACCGUACAUCAUACCUAGAUAUCCGCAGAUUACCCACGAUGCCGCACUUUCGUGUCUUGUAUUGGAUCACACAUACAGCAAACAGGUUGUCGUCCCUGCCAGUCGCGAAGUACUCAGUCGCUGUCUCGCGUUCCGCAACAUCCGCCCCAUCCUUUCCUACCGGGGACUUGAACACAAAGCCUUCACCGCAGCAGUCACACUGCUUUUGUCCCACAUCAUGGGGCACCGCUUGGGCUCUGCGAAUAUUCUGGAACACCAGCGACCUCAAGACCUAGCGACCAUUCAAAAGGUCAUUCGAACCUUGGAUGAGCUGUGUUCUACGGACGAUCCCAAUCGAGAGUCUGCGAUCGAGACAAGACGCCAACUGAGUAUGCUCCUGACUAUCGAGGCGGACGCAGCAAAUGGCGUCAAUUACACUGCAUAUAUUGAAGACGGUGUCGACACAGGCACCAUGUGCAUUACUCCGAGUCCUAGCUUGAGGUUACCUGUACCGUACUUUGGUGCCAUCUGCAUCAUGCCUGAUCCGGCAGCAGAUCUGCAGGUGGAUAGUCUUGGACCGGAAUUCUCAUGGGUAGCACAAUCUGCGCCUGGCCAUUUUGAUUGCCUGCCCGCCGACAAUAUCCUUUCGGGUACUUUCUGCGAUGGACUGGGGGUCCCCACUCCUGACUCCGGCAGCUUCAAUGCACUUCUUACAGGUUUGGACGUCGAGCUGCAGUCACCUCACCCAGAGGCAGCUCAUUCUCAGUCUUCCGAAAUUUAA